AUGCCUUAUGGUGGAGAUUUUCAGCAGCCUUUGGCUUCUCGAUUGAAGGGUAGUGUUCGUGUCCUGCCCUGCAGUAACCCUAAGUUUACAGAAUGUUCUUCCUCUUUUGAGACGGAUAUAAAAGAUGUCAUGGAACGAUGGUGCUCAGGGAAAGGUUGGGUGGAACUUAAUGAUGACUUUUCAUUCACAAAUGAAGACAAUGUUAAAGCUUUCAGGAUGGAAACAGAACGUCUGAAAGAAGCUCUUUGUGUGUUUAAUUUUGUCUUGUCUGACCGUGAAUCAUCUCUGCAAGGUCACAUAACUGAACUUCAGGAUGUGGCUAAUAACCUCGACAAGGUCCAUAAAGGGGCAAAGAUAGCAGGUAUUACUGGGGGCACAGCAGGGGCACUAGGAGUAGCAGCUGCUGUUGGAGGGGUCAUACUUGCCCCUCUGACUUUGGGUGCUUCAUUAGUAGUUACUGCAGCUGGGGUUGGGGUAGCAGCAGCCGGUACAGUCGCCGGUGCCUCAGCUGCCAUAACCAAUAAAGUCUCCAGCAGUAUGGACAGAAGAAAGGUAGAGCAAAUCCUCAAAAACCACACAACCCAAAUGGAGGAAAUUGAAAAGUAUCUGAAUUUUAUCAUCAUCAGCGUGAAGCGUUUGAAUAAAUACAACAUGUCUGAAAUGCAGUUGGUAGAUUGGAGGGCAGUAAAGGUGGAAAAGGUGAUGCAGAUUGCUAGAGACAGUAACAAGGCUACUGGUGCCAUAAGCAAGAGUUCAGGUAUGAUCCAAGCACUUGGGAUUGGCAUGGAUAUGUACUUCAAAAAAGAGGACAGCCAGAAGCUAAAGAAGGGCUCUGAAACCAAAUUUGCUAAACAAAUUCGCCACGUUUCAAUGCAGAUGCAAGCUAGUCUUGAUGAAAUGAUAAAUUUUAAAAAAGAUCUGGUGUCUGUAGACUUAUAAAACAAGAAACCUUUCUUCAUAAAGUGUUUCUAUAAACCUAUAUUUUUGUUUAUAUUUUAGUUUUUAUAAUAGGUGUUUCCUUAAAGACAGGGAACAUUUUGGAGACUUUGGGUG